AUGAACACAUCGCCCUAUCAGGUUAUCCGCCCACAACUUCUUAACUUUUCUCCACUUUUUAUUAAUGCGAAGUCAAUCGUAUCUCAAUCGUCAGAGAAGAAAAUAGCUGAAUGUUAUCAAACGCUCGACUUACCGUUAGAUUCCAAACAAGAUGCAGUUCGACAAGCUUUUCUGGAGCUGGCCAAAAAGUACCACCCAGACUCAGGGUCUCCAGAAGCAGAUAUGGACAAGUUUGUGGCUGUAGAAAAUGCAUUCAGGACUCUGAAUAAUCAUAUCACUGGCAAGAGUAGUCAAGAAGAAGUGGAGAAGAUUGUUUUUGACAUCAGACACACAGCUCCUCAACACCGUCAGUACUUAAGCUAUGAUGGCUACGUUCAUGGCACUAUAUUUCAACGUGAGAAGCAGUAUGCUCAAGUCAGGGCACAAAAAGCUGCCAUGAAUGUUAUGGAACACCGUAUAGAAAAAGCCGUAGCUGCAGAAAACACCUUGAUGAAGAAAGGACAGCGUGCAGUGAAACACGAUAUUAAAACAAAGUAUGGCUUUGACAGGCUGGUUGAGGACUUGAUACAAGAAUCGAUGUCUAAAGGGGAGUUUGAAAACCUGAGCGGUAAAGGAAAGCCAUUGAAAAGUCAGAAUACAAAUCCUUACGUUGAUUUUACAACACACAAGUUGAAUGAGGUACUAAUAAAUAACGGAUUUACCCCAGAAUGGAUAACAAUGCGCAAAGAAAUAGAGCAAGACAUAGAAGCAUUAAGGAAAGAGAUAGAGAAUGACCGCAAAUACUUGGGUCCGUAUCCAUUCAAAGAUGACGAUGCUACCAAAUGGAAGAAAAUAUACGAAAGUAACAAAGAACUAGCACAAUCAAUAAAUAAUAAAAUAAAUACUUAUAAUUUAAUAGUACCUUUGAUGAAUAAACAGAAGUUUCAUGUGGAGUUUGAUAAAAUUUGUGACGAUGUUUUAAAGAAUGGUGUCCAUUCAGUAAUUAAAGAUGAAAAGACAGUUCAUUUAGUUAGUAAUGAAGUUAAAAAAGAAGAUGAUUUACUUAGUGUGUUUUUUAAAGCUGUAGGCGAUUUAUGGAGUUUUAACAAUGAGAAGAAGAAAUAUUAA